AUGGUUUUAUAUUCAUUCCCAUAGUUUUGUAUAUGUUAUGUUUGCCAGACAUUAAAUAUAAUAAGCAGAAACAUCUCUCUCUCUUUCCUUUCUUCUAGUUCAAUCCCCACUAACACUCACAAUCAAAUAACCGAAAGGAGAGGAAAAGAAAAGAGCCCCCGUCAAUCAUCGGUGAACCCUCCGUCGGAAUCCGAAGCUCUCUGCGACAAAAUACAUGGAUGAGAAGUGGAAGAUCUCCAAGAAAGAGAUCUCAGCUUCGUCAUCAUCAUCUUCUUCCUCCAAAUCAAAGUUCACAAGGAGCUUCUCCACGAGCGCUUCCUCGACCAAGUCACCUGUGUUUGUGCGGAGCUCCUCCACGAAAUGCCCGGUCCCUUCCUCGUCGAAUUCGUCUGCUUCGAUGUCGAGAAGCUUGUCGAGGAAAGAGAGCGGAUCUUCCAUUACUCAGAAGUAUAGCAGCUUGGCCAAAGAACAGAAGGCGAGGUUUUACAUCAUGAGAAGGUGUGUGGCUAUGCUUGUUUGCUGGCAUAAACAUGGAGAUUCCUAGAUCAGAUUCUUUUUUUUUUGGUGGGCUUCUUGUAAUUAGGUCAGUUUGAUUAUUGAGGUGGGUACAAGUUUCCAUGGUACAUUGUAAGAAGCGAUUUUUACUGAAACAUUUAGGGUUCCUAUGCCCUUUUUUUUGUCUCUAAAUGCUAAUUAUUCCAUUUUAAUUUCACGGAAUACCAAACUGAAACAUCCCAAAAUCACAAUUUUCAUAGUUUUAGGCGUUUAGUGGGUUUGAGCGAAAUUAACAAUUUUAGGGUAAACGCUUCAAAUUAUAAAACUUAAUUAGGUUAAACCCGAGUUUAACAAACUAAACCAAGUUUUAGAAAAAAAAUUAUUAGAAGAAGCGAAGAGA